AGCGGCUUCCGUUUUUAGAAAAAUGGCGACACCGGGAGAGGCAAAGUAGAACCAGACAAAAAUAUGUAAAAUGCUCAUUUUGUACUGUAAUUAGCUGUAUGGGUGUUUUAUAAAUGCCACAUUUCCUUUCUGUCGUGGUUUAAAAGUAUGGUAUUUUGUGUGUAUUUACCUUACAUUCGCCCCACCGUAGCUAUGCUGUUAAAACCGCUACCGAAGCUAAACAGUUAGCUAGCAGUUAGCGGCGGUGCUAAUUAAAGCUAAUAAAAUGGUGCAGAACAUGUUCCGAACCGGGUUUCUGGUUCGGGCCUCACACACCCUGCUAACCUGGGUCAUAACUCUCAUGCUCUUCCUGCACAACACCGAUUUGCGGAAGUGUGAGGAGCGAGGAGAGCUGUUGCUGCCGCUUCUGUUCUUCCUCCUGGUCGUGCUGUCAGUGCUGUUAUACUUUUCUGUUUCUUUAAUGGACCCUGGCUUCAUUCUUACUGACACAGCCAAGGGUGUUCAUGGUUCAGAUGAGGAAAUGGAGGUGAUAAUUCCCCAGUCCUCCACCCCACGGCUGCGCCGCUGUGGAUACUGUCUGCUGCAGCAGCCAAUGAGAGCGAAGCACUGUCAGACGUGUAAGCACUGUGUCCGCCGCUUUGACCACCACUGCCCCUGGAUUGAGAACUGUGUGGGGGAGAGGAACCACCGUUGGUUCAUCGUCUACCUGGUGGUGCAGCUGCUGGCGCUGCUGUGGGCUCUGCAUGCCGCUCUGUCUGGCAUUUCCUCCAGCGACACAUGGGAGCUGUGGUUCAAGAUGAACGGGUUCCUGUUGGCGGCGCUGGGCGUCGUCGGGGUUUUCUCUGCAGUGGUGUUGCUGCUGCUGGGCUGCCACCUCUACCUGGUUUCCAUCAACUGCACCACCUGGGAGUUCAUGUCACGUCACAGGAUCUCGUACCUGAAGAACUGUGAAAAUGAGGAGAACCCGUUUGACCGAGGAGUCUUGUGCAACCUGUGGGAUUUCUUCUGCAUCUGCAGGACAGUGAUGUGGGAGCAGGUGUACCAGAAGAGCACCUCAAAUCCAAUCCCAGCUGACAGUGGGUGAGAGGUGGGGUCCACCCUGGACAGAUCGCCAGUCUAUCACAGGGCUGACACUU